AUGCCUGACCCACCGACCUUUGCGCUUCCCAUCAUAAUCCUUAUUAUCCUAGGCUAUCUCGUCUAUCGACGCAGACUGAGCCCUUCGAUAUCAGACCUACCUGGACCCCAACCCGAGUCCUUUCUGCUUGGUACCACAUCAGCUGCUCCUCAGGCAUUAGUUUGCUCACCCCGAGCUCCAGGUUCUCUUCCAGAAUUCCAACAGGGCCAGGUUGGAGUGGCCGAAUUCAAGUGGGCCGCCCAAUAUGGCGACGUAUAUCGAGUCAAGGGAAUUUUGGGGACCGAACGACUCUUUGUCGCUGACCCCAAAGCCAUCCACCACAUCCACCAUUUGGCCAGCUACAAUAUCCGCAAGCAGGAACUCAGAGCGGAACUCAGUCGAGUGUUCACCGGACCAGGCCUCAGUUAUGUCGAGGGAGAAGCGCACAAACGACAGCGACGAAUCAACUCGCCUGCAUUUGGUACCAUGGAUGCCCGGUCCUAUAUUCCGAUCUUUUUGUCGUAUGCCUCUUCAACACUCCCAGCUAUUUUACGCGGCUUCUUCUUCGAUGCCAUCGGCGAGGUGGCUUUCGACUAUCGCUUCGGGACCACAGACAACUUGAACAGCGAGCAUCCUCUUUCUACGGCCCUGAACAGCGUCCUUCCACAAAUGUACACUCCCCCAACCAAGAAAACUAUCUUUAUAUUCGGCCUUCUGGAAUUACUCCCGGCGUGGCUUAUGAGGCUCUACAUGCAUCACGCACCCACCGCAGGCCUCCGCAACAGUCGCCGUGUUGAAAAAAUUGCAACCGAUCUGGCGCGGGAACUCGUUGCCGCGAAAUCUGAGGAGAUCGCUGCAGGGAAGCGGAAACGCGACAUCAUGAGUCUCUUGGUCAAGGCGAAUCUCUCCGAGAACCCCCGGACAAGUCUGACCGAGGACGAAAUGCUGGCCCAGAUGCAGACUAUAAUGCAAGCGGGACAGGAGACGACGGCGGUGACAUUGUCCUGGACGUUGUUUGAACUGACGCAACAUCGAGAUGUCCAGAACAAACUAAGAGCUGAAAUCCAAGCCACGGAACGCGCAAUUCGCGAACGGGGAGAAACGCAGUUUACCUGGUCAGACUUCGAGGCCAUGCCCUACACUAUUGCGGUCAUGAAGGAAACGCUUCGAUACCACCCAGUCGCGUACAACAACACCCGCGAAGCCGCGCGAGACGAGGUCCUCCCGCUCUCAAACCCCAUCACCACUAGGUCCGGAAAAAUACUCACAGAACUUCCUAUUCGAAAGCAUCAGGUCAUCGUAGUUUCUGUGGCGGCGUACAAUCGAAAUACCCAGAUCUUUGGCGCAGAUGCAGGCCAUUUCAACCCCGAACGUUGGUUAGACGACACCGUUAAGCCGCUCGCUCCGCUUGGUGUCUAUGGCAACCUGUACUUGGUUUUUGAUGACCUUCGGAAGUGGACAUCGAGCAUGCAUAGGUCUACUCAUGGUUUAUCCGUGUUCCGUGUUCUAACAUCGCACUUACAGGUUACCGUUUGGCGUAGGCCCUCCGCACUCUAUUGUGUUGCAACUGAAAGUGACCACGACAGGAUCUACGAGUAUCAAUCCUUCCUUGUGGAACUGGUCAAAAACUUUGCGUUCACCAUGGACCCCGCCACUGCCCAACAACUUCGCCGACAAGCAUCGCUGGUUAUGCUUCCGAUGCUCCCCGGUAAAGUCGGCCCACACAUGCCCCUCCAGGUGGCCCCAAUCGACGCCGUAGAACAGUGCUUCGUAUUCAAGACGUAG